CCCAGGGCUUAUCCACCAUAGCAGUGUGACUGGCAAGACUAGUUUCCAGAGUGAGAUCGCACUGCCAGGAAAUUCGCUUAAUUAUUAUUUGUGGUCAAGUCAAAUCCAUCUUUGUUUAUUUAAAUCGACCCAACCGCGCACUAAGUUUAUUUUGAUUUCAGUUGCGAAGAGCAGUUUCCCUAGGGCCAGAGCUUUUGUUGAGAAGUUGGCGUUUAUCGCGGCAUUGUUUGUGGCCAUACGCCGGUUUAUAUCAACUUUAGUACAGUGUGAAAGUCGCGCUCGGUCUCUUUAUUCCCUCACGCGCGUCGCUCUUCACGCGCACGUUGAUACAUUGUAACAAUUUCUCGCUUUUCGCAAAAAUGGCCGCAACUACGUUCGAAAUGGACGGAAGUGUAAUGGAAGGGGGAGGACAGAUUUUAAGAGUGUCUGCGGCGCUGAGUUGCAUCCAAGGGGCGUCAAUCAAAAUAAAUAAAAUCCGAGCCGGUAGAAGCACACCGGGUUUGAGGCCUCAGCAUCUGUCAGGUCUCGAGCUGGUGAGGGACAUGUGCAACGGCAAUCUGGAAGGAGCCACAGUGGGAUCCACGGAAAUUACGCUCACUCCUGGGAAAAUCAAGGGGGGGAAUCACAUCGCAGACACUCAGACGGCCGGAAGCGUGGGACUGCUGAUGCAGGUCUCGCUGCCAUGUGCCCUGUUCGCUCAGGGUCCGUCAGAGCUGUGCCUGAAGGGAGGAACCAAUGCUGAGAUGGCACCUCAGAUCGACUACACGUUGAAGAUCUUCAAACCAAUCGCGGAGAGAUUCGGAGUUCAGUUUGACUGCGAUUUGAAAAUGAGAGGUUACUAUCCUAAGGGAGGUGGUGAGGUGGUGCUCAAGGUGAACCCUGUGAAGGAACUGAGUCCCAUCAACAUGACCGAGAGAGGAAACAUCACCAAGAUCUACGGCAGGGCCUUCGUGGCUGGAGUGCUGCCCUUUAAGUUGGCGAAGGACAUGUCCACGGCAGCGGUCCGCACUAUCAGAAAAGAAAUUAAGGAUUUGUACAUCAACAUUCAGUCUUUGCAAGAGAAGGACAAGGCCUGUGGCAAUGGCAACGGGAUCAUAAUAAUUGCAGAAUCAUCCACCGGCUGCAUAUUUGCAGGAUCAUCUCUUGGCAAAAAAGGUGUAUAUGCUGACAAAGUUGGCAUAGAGGCUGCAGAAAUGUUGCUAAAAAACAUCAGGCAAAAUGGUUGCGUGGACGAGUUCUUGCAAGACCAGCUUAUUAUUUUCAUGGCCUUGGCGAACGGCACAUCCAGAAUGCGAACGGGCCCAAUCACUCUCCACACACGAACGGCAAUCCACGUGGCCGAGCAGCUCACGAACGCAAAAUUUGUUAUACGCAAAUCAGAGGAUGAGCAAGCUAACAGUGAUACCUACAUUAUCGAGUGCCAAGGAGUGGGUGCUACCAAUCCUAACUUGUGAACCCAUGGAUUUAUCGUCGUCCCCAGCCAAGAUGAGGAGGACUUGUAGCAGAGACACACUACUACUGUAACUGACUGGAUGACGCAAAGAUAACUUUAUUAUCUUUGUUCUUCGCGAUUAACGAUUAGUUUUUUUUUUGCGCUGACCACCGAGUCUGUCCAUAUUUGUCCCCUUAAGAAACUUUCGUUGUUACUCAGGGUAUUGCCUUACACUGUAAAGAAACGGACACUUUGAACUCUUCACGCAAUAUUCGCAGAAUCCUGACCGUUUUCGGCCAAAUUCGCUUUCCGCACGCUAACUCAAGCCUUAAAGUUUCAUUAAACCCUUCCGAUACUGUUAACGAUAACAAUAGCUUAACCAAUUUGCAUGGACGUAGUAAAAUACAUGUAUGUCACUGGUAAAUUAGUGCACUGUGUGUACAAGGAGGAAAAAGUUUUUCAUCCAAGUUUAUGGUUCCAUGUAGCUGCUUUGCUUUGUUUUGUUUUUUUUGUUAUUUAAGUCGUUUCUGCAUUUUUUUUCCGAAAUUUAAUUCCCAUCUUAUUCUAUUUUCAUUGACGUUCUUAGUUAAUUUAGUCUUUUUGACUAUGAAAAUGAUUCAUACUUAGUCAUUAUUUCUAUUUGUUAUUUAUAAGAUGGAAUUUCAGAAUUUGGGAUUUUUUUUGCGCAAUUAUUUUUGCGUUUUUUGGCUACAUUAGGUGACCAUGUUCUUUUGUUAUUUGCAUUAAAUUGUGGAGAAAAAAUACAAUAAAAUGAGAGAUAGACAUAC